CGGAGGGUGCGCGCUGCCGUCGGGCGCGAGUUUGGCGGGAGCGCGGGAAGGUGCAACCGCGUGGUUUAGGGCAGGUGAACGCGGGAACCUCGCUCCCCCCCUCUCUUCUUUACCACCCCUCCCGUUUUAUCCCCUCGAGGGUGAUGUUUUCCUGACAUCUGGGACACGGAGGGAAGCGCCGGAUCAAUUUCUGGUGCAGUCGAGGAGCCAUUAGGUUGCGGGAAGCGAUUCCAACAUGACACAAUACCGGCUAAUCAGCGCUAGGGCCAUAAAGGGAUUUCUAGUUUGAUGCUGUUUGACAGUCAGCCUGCUAGUUCUGACUCAUUUGCCAGUUGGCCGCCGUGCGUUACGAGGAUGCUUGGUUCCGGGCUUGGGCUGUGCUCCUGGUCCAAGUCCUCGCAGUGUGAUGGGCAGCUUUCUGCUGAUCUCAGUGAGCUCUGGAGCUGUCGUUACAGAAGUCUGUAUGCAUGGACUACUCGUUAUUCUCCACACGUCAUCUGAGAAGAGAAAAAGCGUCGUUCUUUGCUAUAACUGGGGCACAAAGAAAGUCUGGGUUGGUGUGGCAAUAAAGGGCCAGUCAUUUCCCAGUUCCCUUUGGAAUCUUAUAGAAAUGCUGAGCAUCCCUGCUUGCUUGAAGUGGGCAAAGUAAGGCAAGGUUUAAAAUCAAAGGCGAGGGGUUAAACGUGAGUGCAGUGAGGACAGUUUUCAGAGCCAGCUGUGGGAAUUGAAAUCUGUCAGUGUUUUAAAACUUGCGUUUCUGUUACAGGAUCCGUUGCAAAAUGUGAAAACGAAGGAGAAAUUCUGCAGAUACCGUUUAUCACAGACAACCCCUGUAUAAUGUGUAUUUGCCUGAUUGCAGUUUUGGAGGAAAUACAUACAACAGCUCUAUGAAAUGGCACCACCCCAGCAAUCCCUGUGUUACGUACCAGUGCCAGGAAGGAGUGAUAGUAGAGUCAGAGGUACAGUGUGUUGUCCAUUGCAAAAACCCUUCCAAACUCAUGGGAAUGUGUUGUCCUGUGUGUCCAGGUUGUGUAUUUGAAGGGAGACUUUACAAUGAAGGAGAAGAAUUUAGGCCUGAAGGAAAUAAAUGUACCAAGUGCUCUUGUAUUGGUGGCAGGACACAGUGCAUGCGAGAAGUCUGCCCCAUUCUGUCAUGUCCCCAGCACCUCAGUCACAUUCCUGCUGGACAGUGUUGCCCCAAAUGCUUAGGACAAAGGAAAGUGUUUGACCUCCCAUUUGGAAGCUGUCUCUUUCACAGCAACGUGUACGAUAAUGGGUCCUCAUUUAUUUAUGACAACUGCACAGUGUGUACAUGCAAGGAUUCAACAGUGGUAUGUAAGAAGAGAUGCUUACUUCCUGGUGAAUGCAGUAAAAACAAAGACCACUGCUGCAAGGAGUGUGUCUCGUAUAUCUCUCCAGAGGAAGUGAGAGUGUGCAAGUUUGGCAAUAAGAUCUUCCAGGAUGGAGAGAUGUGGUCCUCUGUGAACUGCACCAUCUGUGCUUGUGUAAAAGGCAAGACAGAGUGUCGCAAGAAGCAGUGCAUUCCAGUCAGCAGCUGUCCUCAUGGUAAAAUCCUGAACAGGAAAGGAUGCUGUCCUAUUUGCACUGAAAAGCCUGGCGUUUGCACUGUAUUUGGAGACCCUCACUACAACACUUUUGAUGGACGGACAUUUAACUUUCAGGGAACAUGUCAGUACGUUUUGACGAAAGACUGCUCCUCCUCUGCCUCGCCCUUUCAGGUGCUGGUAAAAAACGAUGCCCGUCGGACCCGUUCUUUCUCCUGGACAAAGUCAGUGGACCUUGUGUUGGGCAGAAGCACUAUCAGCCUCCAGCAGCACCUCACAGUGAAGUGGAAUGGGACCCGCAUCUCCCUACCUUGCGAGACACCACAAUUUCAGAUCGAUUUGGAUGGUUAUUUGUUGAAAGUGACAACCAAAGCAGGCUUGGAAAUCUCAUGGGAUGGAGACAGCUUUGUGGAAGUCAUGGCUGCGCCUCACCUGAAGGGCAAACUCUGUGGUCUGUGUGGCAACUACAACGGGCACAAGCGAGAUGACCUGAUCGGAGGGGACGGGAACUUUAAGUUUGAUGUGGAUGACUUUGCUGAGUCCUGGCGUGUGGAGUCCAAUGAGUUCUGCAGCCGCCCACAGAGAAAACCUCUGCCUGAGCUCUGCCAUGGGACGGUCAGGGUGAAACUCCGAGCCCAUCGGGAAUGCCAGAAACUCAAAGCGUGGGAGUUCCAGAGCUGUCAUUCAACUGUGGAUUAUACCACAUUUUACCGGUCCUGUGUGACUGACAUGUGUGAGUGCCCGGUCCAUAAAAACUGCUACUGCGAGUCAUUCCUGGCGUAUGCCCGAGCCUGUCAGAGGGAAGGGCUCAAAGUCCACUGGGUACCGGAGCAGAACUGUGCAGCAACUCAGUGUAAACACGGUGCAGUUUAUGAUACUUGCGGUCCAGGAUGUGUCAAAACAUGUGACAACUGGAAUGAGAUUGGCCCAUGCAACAAGCCCUGCGUUGCGGGAUGCCACUGUCCAGCAAAUUUAGUUCUUCACAAAGGAAGAUGCAUCAAGCCAGUCCUGUGCCCACAGCGAUGACAUUAAUUCUCUUCCCAUGGACAUUAACGCGGGUGGCCACUGACCCCUUUGAUGCUCACAGCCAGUGAAGGACUCCAGCUGUUUGUGUGCAGAUACUGCAAAGUACAUGUCUACUCACAGAGUGUAAAUAUGCUCCUGUGUGUGUAUUUAUGUGUGUCUAUGUAUACACACAUGGCGCCUAGAAAGAUAUAUAAUGUAUACUGUGUGUAUGUACAUACACAUAUCUAUACGCAAGUGCCCUAAAACGUAAGUACAACCCAUAUAUUUAUAUAUAUAUGUCCACACACACAACUAUACAUCAUUUCUAUAUAUCAUAGAAGGAUGAAUUAUUAUAUGUAUAUUUUUUGCUAUAAAGUUUAUGUAUUAUUAUUUCUAGGACCGUGAUCUGUAAGUCAUUGUAUAAAUAAACCAGGUGUUUUUAAUAUAAUAUAGUGGCAUGAAAAGA